GUCGAAAGAUAUUUAUUAUAACACUAAUUAAAACUAAAAUAAACUUAUGAUGGAAAGUGAAAAUUUCGAAGAUAUUUGUCGAGCAUUUAAACAAAUCGAUAUUGAAGAUGAGUCGGGCAUACACCAGCUAACUAUGUGGAUUUCCAGCAGUAUGUUAGAGAAAAUUGCCAUGACAAGAUACAAAUUUUGAAUCGUGAAACAUUUUCGCAAAUAAAACGGCCCAUUGUUAUAUUAUUCAAUCAUUUUCGAGAUAAAUGUGCCUAUCUCACCAAAUGGCUUGAUGAAAUGUAUAAAUUAUCCUUAAAAUAUAGUGAUCGCAUUGAAUUCAUAGCAGCUGAUAUGAUUGACAUGGAUGUUAUGUUUCCCGGAAGAAAUCCUUUGAACUUCUAUUGUCGUUUUGUAAGACCGGAAGAUGAGUCCCCCAAUACGUAUGCCAUAGAUGAAAAGAAAAGAAUAUAUACACACUAUGAUGCAUAUUAUACUAUGGAUAAUCUAUGGAAUUUAUGUGAAAAUCUAUUAAAUGGCAAACUAUUUCCCUCGCUGCCUAUACCGGAAAAUAAUGAUACAAAUUUGGUUAAAAUAUGUGUCCAUGACAACUAUGAAGAAUUAAUAUUAAAAUCCAAUAAAAACAUCUUUCUAAUUAUAAAUUUAGAUCGUUAUCAUUAUAGUGAAAACGAACCUAAUUAUGAUAAUGUAGCAUUGGCCCUAAAAGACUAUAACUUGGAUAUUGUUUACAUGGAGGCUGAAAAGAAUUAUGUACCCUUCGAAUAUCACGCUAAUGGCUAUCCCACUAUAUUAUUUAUACCCUCUAAAGAUAAAAAUAAUUUUAUAUAUUAUGACCAAUUAAGGAAAGAAGAUAUUAUAAUUGAAUUUUUAAAAAAAGUCAUUCAGCAGCCAGAUUUUUUGCUGCUUAAACAACAAGAAUUGAAAUCUAUAAUCUCAAGGAAAUCAAUACAAGUACCCGAUAACUUUCAAAUAGAUUUUAAAGAUUUACCACUAUUUUUGCAGGAAAAUUUCGAUAACCGUUAUAAAGUUUUUGAACGUAAAACUUUUAAAGAUCCCGAAAGAUUUUAUAAUCGAAUUAUGAUAUUUAUGGAUUUUCCAAAUAUGAAAUGCCUGGCUCGUCACAUACAAUGGCUUGAUAAAAUCUAUCAGGUGGUUGAACAAGCUUAUACAUUGCAAUUCUUUAUUGCCGACUUUAAGGAUAUUGAUAUUAUGAACACCAAAUGGAAAGCAGACGACUUAAUCAAGUCGGCCCAAGGAAAACCAAAAAUAUAUGCCUUUGACCACCUUUGGCACACUUAUGAAUUUAAAGAUUUCAACUCUAUACCCUCAUUAUUUUAUUUCACUUCAAGUCUGCAAAAUGGUCACUUUUACUAUUCUCAAGGAUAUUCGCCAGAAAAUCUACAUCAACCGGUUAAAGAAUGGACGGCGGAUUAUUUUAAUACGUUUCUAAUGAAAACUGAAAAACAUACUUUUAUAACUUUUUACUUAUCGGGUGAUGAGAAUGCUGAAAAACUUUUAAAUUUAUUGGAUUUGAUUGCUGAAGAUGUUAAGGAAUUGAAUGUUGAAAUGGUCAAAUUCGAUGCAAAACUAAACUAUGUAGACCUGGAGUAUGUUCAGGAGGAAUAUCCGGUUCAUUAUUUCAUAUCAAAAUAUAAUAAAGAGAUAGUAUAAUUUAUCGAGGUAAUGAUUUAGAUAGGAUCAAAUAUUCGAAUUAUUAAAAGUAAUUUAGAGAAGCAAUAAAAUGAUCGG